AAAAUAUCAUCUCUCAAAGCACUUCUUCUUACACUUCAGGGUUAGGGUUUAUUAAAUCGCAUCUCAAACAAUCCAUCAAGAUGAGUUCAAAGACAAAAGCCGUCUCCGAUUCGAAGAAAGGUGGCAGAGGGACGCCGAAGACAACAAAGUCUGUUUCCAGAUCUUCAAAGGCCGGUCUUCAGUUCCCCGUCGGAAGAAUCGCCAGAUUUCUCAAGGCCGGAAAGUAUGCCCAACGUGUUGGCGCCGGCGCUCCGGUCUACCUUUCCGCCGUUCUCGAGUAUCUCGCCGCCGAGGUUUUGGAGUUGGCUGGAAACGCAGCAAGAGACAACAAGAAAACAAGGAUUGUUCCAAGACACAUACAACUAGCAGUGAGGAAUGAUGAAGAAUUGAGUAAACUUCUGGGAUCCGUGACAAUUGCAAAUGGAGGUGUGCUUCCUAACAUUCAUUCUACUUUGCUACCAAAGAAGGCUGGAAAAGAGAAGGGUGAUAUUGGAUCUGCUUCACAAGAAUUUUAAGUUGUAUCAAACUUUGAAAUGAUAUUUGUAAGAUAAAGUGUUCUUUUUUUGAAGUGAAGUUCCGUAUUUGUAACUCAACAUGGUUUUGUUAUAAAUUUGAAUUUGGGUUACAAGAUUUGGUA